GGCAAACUCCCAAUCGACUUGUAUACGCAUUCCACCCAGCCCUUCAACAACACAACGGCAUGGCGGCCAACCGUGUGUAUCCUGGACCGAAUGCAGUAAACUAUGGACAGCAACAGCUGCCCCGGGGUCAAAUUCCCAACGGCAUGCGGUAUACAUAUCCUCCUCCUGGCAACAGUCCUUCAGUAUAUUCAACACCCGCGACACCUCAAGUGUACAAUACUAAUCAAACACGACCGGCAUCUUACUAUCCUCAAUACAUACCACCCACCAAUCGUAUGCCGUCAGCAGGCCUCCAAGGGACAUUUUCAACUUAUCCUGCGCGACUACGUCAAUCGGAUAACAACGCGCUUUUACUACCAGUCAGCUACACUGGCAUUCGAAAGGCUAAAUUUAACGGUCAAUCCGACGAUGAAUUUGAAGAAUUCGACGAUGACGAGAACGGUACACCUUUCUCUGGUACAAGAACUCGAUCGCAAGCUCAGCAACAACAAGCUGGAAGCCAAGCGAUGGCCCCAAGUGGAAGUGGAGGCACUCCAACCACCACCGAGCUACGGAAAAUACCACGUAAAAGAAACUAUCUUCAUAUCAAUGAAGAAGAUCUCGCCAAUGGUUCGGAUAUCGAUGAAGUCCUGGUGCCUAUUCGACUUGAUCUUGAUCUGGAUGACAUCAAGCUGCGCGAUGUCUUUUUGUGGAAUAUGAAUGAGCAAUUUUUGACUCCAGAGAAAUUUGGAGAAAUUCUGUGUGAAGAUUUGGAACUUCCUUCCUUCAAAUUUAUACCUUUGAUCGCUGAAUCUAUACGAGCCCAAGUGAUGGAUUUUGAAUCGAUUCAUGAAGUGGAAAUUCCCGAUGACGGCAUGCGAGUGGUUAUAAAUCUGGACUUGCAGAUCGGAAAGGUUAAUUUACGAGAUAGGUUUGAGUGGGAUUUAGCAAAUGAUUCAUCUGCUGCACCAGAAGUUUUCAGUCGGCAGCUGGCAUCCGAGCUUGGUAUUGGUGGUGAAUUCGUUGCCAUUAUUGCCCACGCGAUACGAGAGCAGCUAUAUCGACAUAAGAAGCAACUGGUUGACGAGUAUGGCUUUGAAGGGGAGAUAAUGGAUUCUCUGCCCACUGGGUUCAGAAAUAUGGAUGAUGCAGAAGCUUGGGCGCCUCAAAUGGAUGAAUUAUCUAACGAAGAGUUGGAGAAGAUUCUGAUUGCUCAAGAAAGAAGCAUUCGGUAAGGGCGAUAAAUGUAUGGGAGAUGGCCGCUUGCGAUCAUGAUAUUAAUUCAUUUCGUUCACUUCAGACGUAUGCGGCGUGAAACACGAUUUAAGCGUUCUAGACGGCGAAUGUCGCCAACCCCGCAAAGAAUGUCAAGAUAUAACUCCAUGACUGGCACACCGAUCUAGACAAGUUGAUUUACAUGGUAACCUAAUGAAACAACCCUCUUGCUUCUUUUUGUAAAUAAAUAAAUCCAGAAUUUAUAUGCUUCUAACCCGGCCA